AUGCACACUGAAGCCACCAGGACUGUUUUCGUAUUGGUUUCUAAGAAGCUAGUGUCAGCCGCACAAACAAUACGCUGCCGUCGCAUCGCGCCGCCUCUUUCCACGUCGCGUCAUGCUUCACCUCCGUCAACCGAAUCGCUACCGUCCGCUGCCGCGUCGCAUAGCCUCUGUCAGCCGCGUCGCCAUCGUCUGUCAUCUCCUCCGUCGGAUGCCGCAUCGCCUUGCCUUCGUCCACCACCGCCGUGUCGCCUCACAUCCGACCACCAUCGCGUAGGCUCGUCUCCGACCGCUGCUGUGUCUCGUCGCCUCCAUCCGCCAUUGUGA